UAGGUCUACUUGUAAACUUUAAUCAACAUACAAAUUUUCGAUGAAAUAAUUAUCUGUAAGAAUAAUUUUUAUCCUGAUUUAUAACAUGACAGAAGACGUCCAAAGACAUUCUGUUCACACUCUUGUGUUCAGAUCGUUAAAACGAUCUCACGAUAUGUUUUUAGCAAACCAAGGAAUUCUGCCAUCAAUUGAUGAUACUGCAGAAAAAAUAAGAAGGUUGGUAAAGGCAAGAGACUCUUAUGGUAUGGUAUUCGAUGAUGUUAAAAGAAUGCAAGCUAUGAAAAAUCUGAGGGAAGCUGAAGCCGGUCCAAAUCCACCCCCUCCUGGAACAGCAGAGUCUCCGGAUGGUCAACCAGCUGACAGUGCUGUGGUUCCUUACACAGAUAAUAGUCUAGUAUUAAAAAGUCAACAAAAUACUAAUCAGAAUCAAUUGACUAAUCCAAUGAAAAGAGCACCUACAAUGCCAAAACCAAAGUGGCAUGCUCCAUGGAAACUAUACAGAGUAAUUGCUGGACAUUUGGGGUGGGUGAAAUGUGUUGCUGUAGAACCAGGAAAUGAGUGGUUUGCUACAGGAGCUGCAGAUCGAAUUAUAAAAAUUUGGGAUUUGGCUACAGGCCAGUUAAAAGUUUCACUAACUGGACAUGUCAGUACAGUUCGAGGUUUGGCCAUCAGUCCUAGACAUCCUUACUUGUUUAGUUGUGGUGAGGAUAGACAAGUGAAAUGUUGGGAUCUUGAGUAUAAUAAGGUUGUCAGGCACUAUCAUGGACAUUUAUCAGCUGUAUAUUCAUUAUCACUUCAUCCCACAAUAGAUGUACUUUUGACAGCUGGUCGAGACUCUACUGCCAGAGUGUGGGAUAUGCGGACUAAAGCUAAUAUUCAUACACUGACAGGUCAUACACAUACUGUUUCUACAGUUAUUUCUCAAGCAACAGAGCCUCAGGUUAUUACUGGAUCACAUGACUCCACCAUUAGGUUAUGGGACUUAGCAGCAGGAAAAUCUAUUUGUACAUUGACCAACCAUAAGAAGAGUGUGAGGGAUAUUGUUUUUCAUCCAACUUUAAAUAUGUUCGCUUCCGGUUCACCUGAUAACAUAAAACAGUGGAAAUGUCCUGACGGAAAAUUCAUUCAAAACUUAUCGGGUCACAAUACUAUCAUAAACUGCCUGGCAGUAAAUCCAGAGGGCGUUUUAGUAUCAGGGGGAGACAAUGGCACUCUUCACUUUUGGGACUGGAGAACUGGAUACAAUUUCCAAAGGUUGCAGGCUCCUGUCCAACCAGGAUCUAUGGAUAACGAAGCUGUCAUAUUUUCAAUGACUUUCGAUAAUUCUGGAUCGAGGUUAAUAACAACAGAGGCGGAUAAGACUAUAAAAAUUUAUAAAGAAGACGAUACAGCAACUGAAGAGUCACAUCCAAUUAACUGGAAGCCUGAUAUUCUUAAGAGAAGAAAAUUCUAACAUGUUCUUUUAAUUUUUUAUCGUCUUGUGUGAUAAACAUUGUUACUAAGGACAUGAGUUUUUUAAGUAUGAAUAAUUAUUGUAUAUUAAAGAUAAGUGAUUGUAAUAUAAUUUUUUACCAUA